GACCUGCUGUACCAGCUCUGACUCUGAUAUCAGGGUGUUGUUACACAGUAUGCCUCCAGUGGAAAACCACUGCAUGAAAGAAAUGGACAAACAUAUAUUUGAUUUUUUUGUUUGUUUGUUUGUUUUUUUAUUAUUUUUGUUGUUGUAAGUAAAAAGGUGUUGUUGUUUUUUUAGCUGUCUGCUUUUACAGACAUCACUUGCCUAAUCAUGCAUGGACAUGCCUGCAGCUGCAGCCUACUGCCUUUUUAUUUUGAUGUUAUCUAUAUUCUUCACUUGACCUGCAUUUUUUUGACUGUGAGGACGCCGGUUUCUUUUUUUCCUCCCACUGGAAACUGACGUGAGAGUGAAGACAGCGUUGACAAUGCUUUCUUUCCUUUCAAACUCCCUCUAAAGUUCUCUUUAUGGCUUUUCAAAAUGCCAGAACAUAACUUGAACGACAGCAAUCACGGGAUCUUUUUUGCUCCUGGUUUAAAUGGCUCCAUUUCGUUUCCAAACGACAGCAUCUCGACUUGUAGGAACUUCACUUUGGACUCGCAGGCUGUCGGGGUCGGCAUCUUUCUCACCGUUUUUAUCUUGGUCGCGAUUGCUGGAAACAUUUUAGUCAUCCUGUCUGUGGUGUGCAAUAAACAUUUGCAGACAGUCACAAACUUCUUCAUAGUGAACUUGGCCAUCGCAGACCUGCUGCUGAGCACCAUUGUACUGCCCUUCUCUGCAUCUCUGGAGGUGAUGGGAUGCUGGGUGUUUGGACGCGUUUUCUGUAACAUCUGGGCAGCUGUGGAUGUGCUCUGUUGCACCGCAUCCAUCCUCAGCCUCUGCAUCAUCUCUGUCGACCGCUACAUUGGGGUGAAAUACUGCCUCAAAUACCCGAGUAUCAUGACAGAUAGAAGGGCUGUGUACAUUUUAGUGGUGGUUUGGGUGUCAUCCACUGUCAUCUCUGUCGGACCGCUGCUGGGCUGGAAGGAACCGCCGCCUGUGGAUGAAAGCAUCUGCCGAAUCACGGAGGAGCCGGGCUACGCGCUCUUCUCCUCUCUGUUCUCUUUCUACCUCCCGCUCUCGGUCAUCCUCAUCAUGUAUUUUCGGGUGUACGUGGUGGCCCGCAGGACUACUAAAAGCCUGGAGGCGGGCGUCAAACGGGAGAGAAACAAGUCGAUGGACGUGGUUCUCCGGAUACACUGUCGCAGCGUGUUGGAGGACGCGCGCACGGCCAGUUCAAAAAACAGCAAAAACCACCCGUUCCGAAGUUCGCUCUCUGUGCGUCUGAUGAAGUUUUCCAGGGAAAAAAGAGCGGCCAAAACCCUCGCCAUCGUCGUGGGGAUGUUUAUUCUCUGCUGGCUGCCCUUUUUCUUCUUUCUUCCAAUGGAAAUCUCAGUAUCUUCAGCAUCUUCCCUGUGCACUGUCCAUUGCUCUGGAUGGUUGACCCCAGGUUCAUUCUUCCCAACACUGAAGCCAUCUGAAACUGUGUUCAAGGUGGUGUUUUGGCUGGGCUACUUCAACAGCUGCAUCAACCCCAUAAUCUACCCCUGCUCCAGCAAAGAGUUCCAGAGGGCUUUCACUCGGUUGCUCAGGUGCCAGUGUCACCAAAGACGCAGGGUUCUUCGUCGCUUCUAUGACCAGCGGUGGCGGUCAUUCAAGGGAAUGACAAGGGAUCAGAGAGCAGACUAUAAGCCUGGCUACGCUGUGCAUGAUUCCUGUGGAAAUUCUCUGUUGCACAAAGGGAAAGGGAACUCUGUUGAUUUCAAGAGAUGGAGGCUGUUUCCACCCCUGCAAAAGUCAUCUUUCCAGCUUAAGGAGAAAGUGAAUAAUCUGUCAAAUAAAAUCAAGGGAGGGACAGGGAAAAGUGCUCUACCUGCAGUGGACCAGUUUGACAUAGUCGACACAGUUUCAAUGGGGAUUUUUAACUCAUGUGAACAGAACAGUUAUCCAUUUUAUGAUCUGGCAGACUGCUAUGGCCUGAAAGAAACUGACAUUUAGAGGGUGACUGGAGAAUGUUCUAUUUAUUUUUCAACAGGCGGUAAUGGACCAGCAUGCAAGGAAGACUGAGAAAAGGCAUAAUUCUGUGUUCACAAAAAAAUCUGAGAAUCAAAUGUUGAUGAUGUUGAAGUUAUGAGCUGAGAUAAGAGCACUCACGCCAGCACAACAUUUUAUUUAAAAUCAUCAUCAUCAUCAUGUUUAUUUCAAUAAGAAGUCAUGUGACAUGAUUCAAGCCACAUUUUGGAAGUGCACACUGAAAUGUUCAACUCCUUUUGCUUUAUUUUACUGUUGUAUUGAUAUUACACACUCAAUAUUUGACAGGUUUUCACACUUCUGGUGAGAUACACGAGUGUCAUUACUACUGUUUUACUUCCUGUCAGUCUCCUUGCCUUCAAGUAUUAGCCAGCACUGAAUGGUUGUUAGUUUUAUGUCAUCUUAUUUCAAACAUAAAAGUGCAAUUAUUUUGAUUGUUGAUUGAAUUAUUGCACUUCAUCUGACAUUUUUCUAUUGUGACAAGGCAUUAUAAAGAUAAGAGGUCAGUAGGGAUGCUGCGUAAUAUUUAUUUUAGCAGUUAACUUUAUCUCAGUUGAUAUGCUCACUUGUUGCAAUAUCAUAAGAAGUCUACUUGGCCACCAAAUUAUUACUUACAUUAUCAUGUGAGUGCUAAUGUAAAAUAAGUGGGUUUUUUUUGUACAUUUUGAUGUUAUGAUUAUGUCAAAGAAAUGUAAUAAAAUUAAUUCAGCCAACAACUGUUUUCACUUUGGUGGUAUUAUUAAUCACCUACCCCAUAGUGACCUUUCAGCAUAACGUUCGUUAUGUAAUUUGAGCAAGAGAGAGGGAAAGAGAGAAACUGAGAGAGAAAAACUACACAGAUUGUCAUAGUAAAUAAAAUGAAGCACAAGCA